UCCUGCCCUUGCUCCUUCAUUAUACCGCCGACUGGUUCGUGCUUUCGCGCGUGUGUUCAGAUUGUCCUCUCUUCGGGGCGCGAGGUGGCGCACAGAGCGCGCGGUCGAGCGAGCGGAAAAAAAAAAAGUAAGGGGGGGGGGAGAGUCGGAAGAAAGAGAAACGGGGUGCGAGAGUGCGAAUCGAGUAGUGAGUGGGGGGAUGGUGAUGGAGUGGGGAAGAAUGGCGGCGGCGGCCGCUGUCUCGGUAUCGAGUUCGAGAGGGGGAGGGGGGAACGGUGGUCGCAGACUAAUUAGGCAAAUGCAUAGCGGCGGGAAGCAUGUUGCUAGCCGAAGCGGUACCGGCAGUCGGACACCACCUCCUCCACUCUCUCUCUUGUCCAACAGGAGGGGGAAGAGUGUGGGAGAGGUGGAGAUCGACAGUCAUUCGCCAUCGUGUGCAUCAUCGUCCCCAUUGCCAUCCCCGUCAUCAUCCGCGUGGCUAUGGCUGCUGAGCAGGCGGAAUUUGCAUGGGGCGAGCUUUGCUGGCCAGAUGCAUGUAUGCUCUGUUAAAGCUGGUGGUGGGUUUGGGAGGGCGGCGGAGAACAGGAGCAGAGGACCGCCAUCAUCACUUCUGAUGCUUUCCAAUGUUGGUGGGAGCAAGAGUAAUGGGGGGUUGCCCAACGUCUUGACUGGUGCCCUUGGACUUGAGUGGAGAUCGAUAUCGGCACAGAUGUGGCGCGGCAUGGCGGGGGGAACAAGGAAUGGUAAAGAAGCCAGCAGCAGCAAGAACAGGCACGGGACGAUGGAAGUAGGGGAGGAUGGAGGGGGAUGGCUUGGGGCCAGUAGUUUGUCCCCUGGCGCACUGCCGCUGGGUGAAACGACCGCGAUCGGUGUGGGGUCGCAGGGCAUGCAGCAGGAUCAUCAGUUCCGGAAGAAGAAGCUGAAAGCGCGCCUUGUGGGGAAGUAUGGGGAGGAAGAGGGGGGAUGGGCGCGGCAGUUUGACGAUUUGAGUAAAGAUUGCAACGCGGAGUGCGCGGCGGAUAUGAUGAUAGGGGCAGCAGCAGUGGGGAGUAGUGUGCGGGAGACGGUGGCGACAGCUGGAGAGGGGUUGGGAGGAGGUGGUGGUGGUUUUGAGAGGAGAAGACUUGGGGGAGGUGCAGAAGGUGCGGGAAUCAGUGUUGUUGGGGGCCGCGGCUUGAUGGCCGCAGACACUAAUUGCCCCGUGUGCAACAGGCCGAUCAACGUCGUUCUUUCGGGCGCAAUACCGCCGAGCAAGGGAGGGAAGAGGUGGGUAGGAAGAGUAGGAGAAGGAAGUAGAGAAGGUAGUGGUGAGGGUGUGCUACAGGGCGAGGAGAUGAAGCGCGAUUCUCAGGUAAUUACCAGCAGUGGCGGAAGCAGGGGGGCUGCUGGCGAAGUGGAGUCGUCGAUCUUCCGCUGCACAGUUUGUUGUGAGAACUAUGAUCUCUCGUUAGCGCCGUCAGCGCCUACUCCAGGAUCACCUUUCGAUGAUGUUGUUUCCAGAUCUAGCGCAGUUUCAGCAAUCCCGUUGUCCCCCUCUGCAUCUCCUUCUCGUGCUCGCGCCUUCUUCCCCGUCGACACGGACGCCGCCGAGGGGCUCUUCGCCGUUAAUCGUGCGGACAUCGACACUGGUAAUGAUCGUGAUGGCGGGAAGAGAAAGGCAAGCAACAUCAUUAGCAGUAACAGGAUCCGAAAGGGUCGGUAUGGUGUGCGGGAUAUGGAGGAGGUGGUGGUGGAUGGGGGGGUAGAAGGGCAGCGGCGGGAAUAUGGCGAGGAGAGGGCAAUGUCAGAAGAGAGGGAGCCCUUGGAGUCUUCAAAAAGGCUGAGGGAGUCGUUUCUCCUCCGCCGAUUGCGCAAAUCACCUGGUGGUGCUCGUGAUGGUCACCGACCGAGUUCCGUUUCGGCGGCGCACUGCCCAUCCUCUACUCCUCCUGUCCUUCCUUCCGCUGCUUUGUUCCGUGACGGUCAUCAUUAUUAUCGUGAUCGGACCUACCAGCCUACGAUUCCGCCGGGAAUUGGACAUGACCUCGGAUGGGCAUCUUCUUCCUCCCCAGGAGCUGCUGGUUUGACCCCGAAGUCUCCCCCUGGUUGGAUUGAUGGCGACCUUAGGUCAAAGGGAAGGUUUAUGGGAGGAGAGGACGUUGAGGAACGGGGGGGCGCAAGCCGCAGCCGGCCGGCGGAAGCGGGCUGGAGCAGAUUUGAAGGAGGAGGAGGAGAGGGAUGGAUUCAGGGCGCGAUGAAGGGGUCGGGAUCGGGGUCAUCAUCUCCUCCACCUUCUCCACCCACUCCCACGUCAGUAGCUCCAUCGCCGCCGAUCCCGCCAUCAACGAAUCUAGUCCGCGUGCCCGGGACGACGAUUGGAGGAGCAGGAGGAGGAGGGGGAGGGAAUCGCGAAUGGGGAGGCGCGACGAUGGGGGGUCAUCUUCCGACACCGCGCCAAAUUUGCGAAGCGCUGGACAAGUUUGUGAUCGGUCAAGAUCGUGCGAAGAAGGUUCUGUCAGUGGCUGUGUACAAUCAUUACAAGAGGAUAUAUUUCGAGUUGCUAAGGAAGGGACAGCUGCAUGGAUCAGGCUUGUCGGAAGGUCAGUUUGCAGAUCGUUCCAAGCCAUGGGAUGAAGGGGUGCUGUUCGGGGGUUACUACAUGUCAGAUCGGGAUGGGUCUUCCAACUCUGAAAGACCCGGUUAUCUGAGAAGUCAUCAGGCAGGGUCGGGAUUGGGAUCCGGCAUGGGAGUGGAGAGCUCGCUCAGGCACAAAGAUGAAGGGAACGUCGGUUCAGCUUCACAAACGAGUUCCCCCGAGGGACAUGACAGAGGGUGUUCCAGAGAAGGGGGCCCUUCUACUGGUGGCACUGCAUCCAGUCAAUCGGAUGGCUUCGUGUCCUCUGGCGGCAGAGGCAAUGGGUCUUUAGCUGGAUCACUGCUGGACGAUGAGAAUAACGAAUCUGUGGAGUUGGAGAAGAGUAAUGUGUUGCUGAUGGGUCCCACAGGCUCAGGGAAGACUUUGCUGGCAAAAACCCUUGCGAGGUUUGUGAACGUUCCAUUUGUUAUUGCUGAUGCAACUACUUUGACACAGGCUGGUUAUGUCGGUGAAGAUGUGGAAUCUAUUCUUUAUAAGCUUUUGCAGGCUGCUAAUUUCAAUGUGAAUAUGGCACAGCAAGGCAUUGUGUACAUAGAUGAAGUAGACAAGAUCACCAAGAAGGCUGAGAGUGUGAGUAUUACGAGGGAUGUUUCAGGCGAAGGUGUACAACAAGCACUGCUGAAAAUGCUCGAGGGGACGGUUGUUAAUGUGCCAGAGAAGGGCGGGAGGAAGAAUCCGCGCGGAGAUUUCAUUCAGGUGGAUACGAGGGAUAUCUUGUUCAUUUGUGGAGGGGCCUUUAUUGACCUAGAGAAGACUAUUGCUGAGAGGACGUCAAAAUCGUCGAUUGGAUUCGGAGCCCCUGUUCGGGCAAACUUGUCAAGGAACAAAGUGUCGGACCCGGGUACGGUCUCGUCCUUACUUGGAAUGGUUGAGAGCAGUGACCUGAUUGCGUAUGGGUUGAUUCCAGAAUUUAUUGGAAGAUUUCCCAUUCUUGUCAGUUUGGCAGCACUGAACGAGGACCAACUUGUCCAGGUUCUGACUGAGCCGAAGAAUGCUCUGGGGAAGCAAUAUAAGAAGAUGUUCGCAAUGAACAAUGUAAAAUUACACAUGACAGAUGGAGCACUUAGGGCGAUUGCACAGAAGGCGAUGGCGAAGAACACAGGUGCACGUGGGCUGCGCGCCAUCAUGGAAAAUCUUCUCACAGACUCUAUGUAUGAGGUGCCAGAUGACCCAGGGAAAAUAGAAGCUGUGGUUCUCAAUGCUGAGUCUGUAGGGCCCCCCGAUGGGGAGGGGAAAGGGGCGAUCAUACUGAGGGGUGACGGUGCACUUCAAAGAUAUCUCAUGAAAGAAACGUGUUCCGAGGAAGAUCGCGCUGGCGAAGAUGGAGACGGAGAUGCGGAGGUCACUGACAGUGAGGCUGCCAACAUGUAGAGUUUCCGCUCGACUGCUUGGUUGCCUGAGCCAAACAGUGAAUUGAAUUGUUUCGUCGCCACUCAUUCUGCAAUGCGGGAAGGAGAACCAUGCUAGCAAAGGAUUGGGGGGGGCGGGAGGGGUGUGAUUGUCAUUCAUUCUGCGAAACGAGGAGAGAACAACCCUAGUUGUGGAUGGAAUGGAUCAGGAGUGUGUCAAAGUAUUGCAUGUGUGGGAUCUGGGUCUUCAAGGAUUUACCGUGGCAGUUGAAGAGAUUGCACAUGUGGGCUCUUGCCUUCCGAAGGAGAUAUUACGUAGAGGGCCAAAGUGGUUUUCCUUGCCUUGAGGAAGAUCUGUGCGACUCCAGGAAGAUCCACGGGCUGCCUGAUCUGCAUUCAUUCUUUGCAAUGACAAGAACCACCAAAGGUUCAAAGGGAUUGGAAGCGUGUGAGAGGAGCUUUGCAAUACUUCAAGAACGAAAAAGUUAGUAAGUGUGGACUCUGCUUUGGGAAAGAGUAACCAAAAAGUUAGUAUGAAGAGGGCAAAGGUGGUGGUCCUCGACUCCUCGGCCUUGGAGGAAGAUUUCGUGGCUCCCGGAAGAGCCGUGGCUGGCCCCCAAACCUC